UCAGCCCCUGGGUCUGUGCAGUGACCAGCCAGUCCCCUGAGAACUUUCCCUUCCAGCACUCAGGAAAAUGGGAUUUUUCCUCCUUGUAAUUUUCGCUGUAGCAGCUUUGGAAGGUGUCCGGUCCCAGCCACUGGUGGAGUCUGGAGGGGAUGUGAAAAAGCCCGGAGACUCUCUCCGCCUCUCCUGCAAAGCCUCUGGGUUAGACUUCAGCAGCUACGGCAUGAACUGGGUCCGACAGGCUCCUGGCAAGGGACUAGAAUGGAUCGCUUAUAUAAGGUACGAUGGGAGUACUAUAUACUACCUUGAUUCAGUGAAAGGCCGAUUCACCAUCUCCAGGGAUAAUUCCAAGAGUGAGCUGUAUCUGCAAAUGACCGGCCUGAAGCCCGAGGACACCGCCCGCUAUUACUGUGCGAGAGACACAGUGAGGGGAAGCCAGUCUGAGCUUAGACAAAAACCUCUCCCUGCAUGGACAAAUUCUGAGCCCGCGCACAACCUCCCCAGGAUAGGUGAAAACACAAACUCUGACAGCUAUAAAGGGGACCGAAUCCCUAUUCGUCGAUGCCAGAGAGCUGUGUGGGGGGCCAGGCCUCAGGUCCAGCUGGUGGAGUCCGGAGGGGAUGUGAAAAAGUCCGGAGACUCUCUCCGCCUCUCCUGCAAAACCUCCGGGUUCCCCUUCAGCAGUUAUCUCAUGGAUUGGAUCCGUCUGGCCCCUGGGAGGGGGCUGGAGUGGCUGGCCAGAGCUGCUGCCCAGGGGAGCACCUACUACGCUGAUUCCCCCUUCAAGGGACGCUUCACCAUCUCCAGGGACAACCCCAACAACCUGCUGUAUCUGCAACUGACCGGCCUGAGACCCGAGGACACCGCCCGGUAUCACUGUGCGAGACACACAGUGAGGGGAAGCCAGGCUGAGCUGAGACAAAAACUUGCCCUCGCUGGCUAA